GGAAUUGCGUUAGAUCAGUGCCCCUUUAAAGAAGUUUGUGACGUUUCUAAUUGUGGCAGCGCUUCGUCUAAAAAUAGCGACCAAUGAAAAAUUACAUAACACAGUGUAUGUUUAAUAUUUCGAACACAGCCAUCGUCUCUUUGGUCUGUCCGGCUUUCAUAUGGCGAUAUUUUAGAGACGGGGCCCAGCUUUCCUGUUUACUAGUUUAAGUAGACAGGAUCCCAGUCAACAGCGGUACAUAUGAAGAGACGGAGCCCAGCUAACAUACUGGAUUCUUUCCGGAGCAGGUCCGGCUUCAGUGUUUCUUCACACAGAAUAUGAAGACGAUAAGGAAAGUCACAGUUGUUGGUGUGGAGAAGAGGCGACAUCCAAGGAAACACUAUGUGUAUGUCAUCCAUGUUACUUGGUCAGAGGGUGGUCAGCAUGUUAUCUACAGGAGAUACAGUCGUUUCUUUGAUCUACAGGGCACAGUAUUGAACAAGUUUCCUAUUGAGGCUGGUGUGAUGGAGCCAUCUCAAAGAAUAAUACCAAUCUUGCCAGGAAAGAUCUUGUUUGGACGCAGUCACAUCCGAGAGGUGGCCUUAAAGCGGUUAAAACCUAUUGAUGAAUAUUGCCAGCUGCUUUUAGACCUCCCAGAACAAAUAUCUCAGUGUGAGGAAGUCUUAUCUUUUUUUGAGGUUGAAGAUGAAGACCUGGAGGCUCCAAAAGUUGAAGAGUAUGACCGAAAUAUGUUGUCAAAGCUCAACAAGAUCUCUAAACCAAAACAACUCAAGCAGUAUGUAGCUGUCUCAAAUUAUACAAAACAAGAGAUAGGAGAAAUUGAUCUUCAAGCUGGGAUGGUGUUGGAAGUUAUGGAACAGAGUGAGAGUGGAUGGUGGUUUGUCAGUACUGAAGAUCAGCAAGGAUGGGUACCAAGCACAUUCCUGCAAUCAAAUGAGGGAUUCAGAGAAGAUUCAACAACAAGAGCUAAACCUGGGGAAGAAUGGAAGUAUAUCUGUAUCGAACCAUUCCAAUCUGGCAGAGAAGAUGAACUGUGUUUAGACAGAGGCUCUGUUGUUGAAGUUGUGGAGAAAAACCUAGUAGGCUGGUGGCUUGUUAGACAUCAAAGUGAGGAGGGAUGGGUCCCAGCUGCUUACCUCUGUAAAAUAAACAACAAUGAUCCAAUUGGUGAAGUGGAGAUAAUAGGCAAAUUGUCAAAUAUCAGCAAACUCAUACAAACUGAAGAUGGAAUAUCUUUGAAUGAUGGACACACAGCUGAGGUGAUAUCAGGGGGUCCAAAACAGGGGAUCUACAGUGAAGUUAAAAAGACCAGAUCUCUAAAAACAGGUGGGAGUCUCAGACCACCACCACCACGCCCAAACUCUGUUGAGACCAAGACUGUCAUAGUUUGUGAUGUCAACAUCCAAGAACAACCAGAUAGUUACAUAACUGUGGCUGAUUUUCAAGACAGUGUUGGAGAUGGUAUCAGCUUCAGUGCAGGCAGGAUUGUUACUGUUCAUGAGAAAGCAGCAGGUGGUUGGUGGUAUGUUGAGAUAGAUGGUCAUGAAGGCUGGGCACCAUCUUCUUACAUAAAAAAGUCUUCCAUAAAGAUUGGUUCAGACUGUGAUGAUAUGUCUAGCUCUGAUGACCAUUUUGAACAAUCUUCAGCAAACGUAUCUGAAUUUGUGAAAAAGGAAUAUGACCAUUUUCAACAUCACUUACAUUUUGGUAUGAAAGGGGCACUACCAUCUCCGAUAAGGCAAGCAUGUUCAAAACCUCCAAUGUUGCCUAAACAGAAAUCAAAGUCGAUUAACCUUAUGUGCCAGGACCAUGCCAACAAUGAACAAACUAGUUUAAACAAAGUGCAAAAGACACAGUUUGAAUCCUGUGUAACUCAUUCUGAUGAAAGCAUACCUCAAGAGCAACCGGAGGAACGAGUUAUAAAGAUGUUUUCACCAGUGCCACCAAACAUGGGAGGGAAUUUGAAAACACUGAAGCCUGUAAUAGCCAAACUUCACCCUCAGUUGCCAAUCAAUUCAACAAUAUUUGAAGGAGGAGAGAAAGAUGAUAUUACCAGCAAACAAACUCAUGUUUCAUCUACUGCAACUGGAUUGAAGUACACAUUGGAUGGCCACUGUUUUGUCACUGGUGGAAUUAAGAAGCCAAACAAAGAAUCAGUUCAUAAACAAUCUGCAGCAUCAAAGUUUGGAAAGAAACCAUCAGCCACUGGAGCCCUAAAACCUCAAGUAAGACCAAAGCCUAAAGAUUUUGCUCAUCUGUCAGUUCACAGCCGGGUACUGCAAUCAGCAGGAGUUGUGAGGUCAUAUGAAAGCAGAACUAAAGAAGUGAAAGAGAUAAGACAACCUGAUUUGAGAGGUGUACACAACAGUUACAAGGUCAGUAGCCUUAUCAAUGCACUUGAUGGCCAGCUGGUGUUGGGAGGGGCAUCUGAUAUUCCAAGACAAGGGAUUCCAACUGAGAACAAAGCAUCAAACGUCAAAGAUGGCAGUGGUUCAGCAUCCUAUCCCUUACCUACAGCAUUAGAUCAUAUUGAUCCCAGUGCUCUCUCAAAAUCUACCAAAACUGUCUUCAAGACAGUUAGUAUAUUUACAGCUGAGAAUGAAGGAGAAAUUGGUUUUGAUGAAGAUGAAGUUGUGGAUGUUGUUGAAAAAAGUGAUGAGGGAUGGUGGCUGAUAAGAAUUUCUGGACGUGGUGAGGGUUGGGCUCCAGCUGAGUUUAUUAAAGAACAUCAGGUGUCAACUCCAAGGCUCAGACCAACACUUCCACCUAGACACAAGGCUGUACUGCAAUCAAAGCCAUGUUGAGAAUAUGUUACAUUUCCAAAUAACUUGUUUGUUUGUUGUUUAACACUUCACUCAGUAUAUUCCAGCUAUAUGACGGUGGUCUGUAAAUAAUCUAGGCUGGACCAGCCAACUCAGUGAUUGACAUCAUGAGCAUUAAUCCACGC